CCGUCGGCAGUGAGAUCAUGUGAGAGUCCACGCUUGGAGAAAGUAGGUUAGCAGGGUAGACUGAGAGGAAAGCAGGCGGAGAGUCACAGAGCAGAGAGGGGGUCCGAACACCGCUCUUACAUCGUGGGACUAUUCUGUCAGAAGGAAAAAAAAAGUUGAUCCAAACCCAUUCGCCAGGGCUCUAGAGACGGUUACGAUGAGAAUUAAAGUGACUUCCUGCACUCUUGUAUUUUGGUCGGACUUAACCGAGCGAUAACGCAGAGGACUUUGGGCUAGUGUUUUUUCAGUUCUUUUUUUAAAAAAAAAAAAAAUUUGGCUGCAGCCUUGGACGAAGUUAAUAUUCACGGAGCCAGCGCUUCUAUUCGCCUCUAUCCUGUCACCUAACAGUAAACCCAUGUAGACGAAUACUCGCCGGUUCCACUGAGAAAAAAAAGAAAACACCAAAAUGAGAGCUCAGAUCGAGGUCAUCCCCUGUAAGAUCUGCGGGGACAAGUCCUCAGGUAUUCACUAUGGAGUCAUCACCUGCGAAGGCUGCAAGGGCUUCUUCCGCCGCAGCCAGCAGAACAAUGCCAUGUACUCAUGUUCCCGUCAGAGGAACUGCCUGAUUGACCGAACCAACCGGAACCGCUGCCAGCACUGCCGCCUGCAGAAGUGUCUAGCUUUGGGCAUGAGCCGAGACGCGGUGAAGUUUGGGCGCAUGUCGAAGAAGCAGCGCGACAGCCUCUACGCCGAGGUUCAGAAGCACCAAAAGUCCCAGGAGUGCGGGGGCUCCACAGGCGGGGGCUCCACUACUCUGUCUUUACCCAGGGACGACGGCAUCUGCGGCGGCGGCGCGGAAGACGGCGAGGAGGGCCUGAGCCGGUCCUACAGCUGCGGGGGCUCCAGCUCCACCCUCAGCGACCUGGACGACAUCGCGGCGCUGCCCGACCUCUUCGACCUGCCGCUGACUCCCGAGGAGGCCAGCGAGUACUGCAGCCUGGAGCUGCUGGGGGGCGGAGGAGCCAGCACCGGGAACACCUCCAACUCGUCGUCCUCCUCCUCUUCGUCGUCUCUGUCCUCGUCCAGUCAGAACUCCCCCCAGCAGACCAUGCUCGACGGGGCGGACGCCAGCGGGAUCCAGCUCCUGCACACACACUCUCACGCACAUCUGCUGCUGGGAAACAUACACGCACUGCUGGACCAUCUGCCCGAUGACUGCUCAAUAACGGACCUCGAGCGCAUCACUCAGAGCAUCGUCAAGUCUCACCUGGAGACGUGUCAGUACAGCGCUGAAGACAUGAAGAGAUUCACCUGGGCACAAUACACAGCUGACGAAACGCGUGCUUUUCAGAACAAGUCAGCCGAGUGGAUGUGGCAACAGUGUGCGCACCACAUCACCAACGCCAUCCAGUACGUGGUGGAGUUUGCCAAACGUAUCGCGGGCUUCAUGGACCUGUGCCAGAAUGAUCAGAUCAUACUGUUGAAAGCAGGCUGCCUGGAGGUCCUGCUUAUACGUAUGUGCCGAGCAUUCAACAGCAACAACAGCACCAUUUUCUUCAACGGAAAAUUCGCCCCUGCUCAGUUCUUCAAAGCACUUGGUUGUGACGACCUGGUCAAUGCAGUGUUUGACCUCGGAAAAGGACUGUGCCGUCUACAGCUGUCUGACGAGGAGAUGGCUCUGUUCAGCGCCGCCGUCCUCCUGUCCCCUGAUCGGCCGUGGCUGACAGAAGGCCAGAAGGUUCAGAAACUCCAGCAGAAGGUCUACCUGGCUCUGCAGCACAGUCUACACAAGAGUGGCGCUUCUGAGGAGAAACUGGACAAGAUGGUGUCCAAGCUGCCCACCAUGAAGUCUAUCUGCAACCUCCACAUCGACAAACUGGAGUUUUUCCGUUUGGUUCACCCAGAGACCGCCUACAGUUUCCCGCCGCUUUACCGGGAAGUGUUUGGCAGCGAGAUGUCACUGCCGGACUCCACUGACAGCUAGACAGACAGAGAGACAAACAAGAGAGGUCGAGAAAGAGAGACAGGGAAGCAAAAGGAGAGACAGAGAAGGAUAGAGAUGUUGAAGCUCAACAACCAGCAGUUAAGAGACAAUCCAGGACUUUAAAUACUCCGUCUCCCAUGAUCCCAAAGUAGUCCUCCACUUUCCCAGCAGGCAAAGCACCUUACACUACAGACCACACAUGCUCAUGGUCCUCUGCCUAUUGUAGCAUAUGGGCAAUGUAGUAAUACCACAGUAGCCCACUUAGCACUCAAGAGCUCGAAGCUCUAACACCUAACAACUGAUCCACUUUGGAUCGCUCAACCAGUAAUGAAUGUACCUCAUCAAAAAGCACCAGUGCACAAGCAAGAACCCAAAAAUGAAUGUACACCCCUGCCACUCUGAGACAGUUGAACACAUCUUGCUGUUAAUGCAGCUCUCGGUUAAUAUUCCUCUUUAUUCAUGCAUCUCAGUACGGUACGCAUGCGUAUUCGUACGGACGACAUCCUUGUACUGACCACCACUUAGGGACCAACAUCAUGAGUCAGACUCCGAUACAAAACAGAAAAAAAAAAACACACACCUGAUAUGACUCACAGUUUAGUCUGUACGCAUUAACCAGCUCAGAACCACUUUACCACACAUUUGGACAGUGUUCGGUGCUGCCUUUUUGUAGGCUCUUGUAAUGCAAUGAGAAACCUCAGUCCCAUGCACCCCUUCCCUUGUAAAUGCCACUUAGAGACAGGACAAGAUGAAAUUAUGUUUAAUUUAUAUACACAUUUAUAAACAAAUAUUUUAAAUAAGAAUGUAAAUAGAUGACUAUAUAUAUAUAUAUAUAAGUAUAUGGAGGGAGAAUGUGUGAGUUCAGUUCAGAGCGAAAGGAUAAAAGACAAAAAAAAGAUGUGAGAGGAGGGACGAAAGAUGGACAAGCGAAGAACGCUGAUGUUUGGACUCGAAACAUUUCUUCUGGACAAUUUUUUUUCCUCUCUUGGCAGUACUCUCAGGUUUUCCAUGGCAACGACCCCCUCUUGCCUCGACGGCAAGCGACGGGGUGGACACUCGUUGCGACUGAAUGCGACUCAGCAGGGGAGGCACUGUACUCAAACAAAGGCAAACAAAUAUAUACCGCCUUGCAUUUAGACUGCUGCCCUCCCUGCCUAAAGAGACAAGAAGACGAACAGGACACUAAGGAAAAGAAAAAAGCAAGGCAAAAGAUGAUUUCAAGAACUGUAUUAAAAGGGGGUCUCCCCCGUCUGUUUCUAACCAGCAGCCUGUUCAGUAGGCGCAGAACAACUGUCUUUCACUCAUGUUUCUGUUGGUUAAAGGCCGGGAUGAGGGUGGUCCAUAACAUGUAUCAUGAACCCUCCCUGCUGGUUAGUGCAACUGUAUUAUUUUGUACAUUUGCUGUUCCUCUCUCCUUUAGUCCCAAAAUCCAACACUUACCAAGCACUUAUACUUUCCUCUUUCUCACUGGACACUAGUUUAAGCCCAGACAGAGUUGCCAGCUGCCCCCUGAGUUGGCCAGUAAGCCAGUAAGACUUCAGUUAAUCGGUUUUAUUAUUAUUUUUUGAAUUCUAUAUCUGUCACACAAGGUCUUGCAUAAGUGUUUACAUUUUCAUGUACAUAGCAAAUACAAAUUCUGAAGGUUAUAGCAUUAGAAUGAUGAUGAUGAUGAUGAUGAUCAUGUCUUACUUGGGGUGCUGCGAAGUUCUUGAGCAGAGUCUGAUAGACUGCUGCCUGCUUCUCAGGGAGCCAGCUGUGAUCUCUUGUCCCUUUAUCACCAGUGUCGUCUUUUAGCCUUGUACACCCAGCCUCACACCUUUGCACCUAAGAUGAGACCCAUAACCAUAAUCACUGUGGACGUAAGAUCUAUUUUUGUGAAUGUUACUCACAAAGUGUCAAAGCCCUUCCCGUUUGUCCUAAUAUUGUAACAUUAAAUUUAAGAUUCAUAGAAUAAUUUAAAAAAAAAAAGAAUCAGUUAGAGUUUAAGAUGAAUUUCAUUAUUGGGGUUUAAUGUUUCUUUUGCUGUGAUUUUCAUUUAUCUGUCGGUCUUUUAUCCACAUUUUUCUUUCCGUGUCUCCACUUUUGUCUUGUAAAGUCAGUGAUCUAUUUUUUUUAAUUGAAGAAAGACUAGGAAAAGUACAAACAAAACAAUACCUUGUCUCCCUUCUCUUUCCCUGUAUGACAAAAUGUACAAGAGGUAUAUUACUAGUCCAAGAGUAACUGAGUCUCACAGCUCGAUAUAUAUUGUUGUCCAUUGGGAUACAUUAUAUGUGGUUUUAAGAAUGUAAUAAAUGGUUUCUUUUUCUUUUGAAA